CCGAAUUACUGAGUUGUAGCCGAAAUUGUCUAACUGAAAUGACGGUGAAUAUUCUAACAAAAUUAUGACAAACAGUUUUAGUAGGUAAUUACCAUUUUAAUCAGGAUGGCUACUCCUCCCAAGAGAAUUUGCUCAAGCCCAAGCUUUGACAACAGCUUUGAAAAAAGAACGAAGAAAGUUUCCAUUGAGGGAAAUAUCGCUGCAGGGAAGUCAACAUUUGUGCGUAUUUUGGAGAAAGCGUCGGAUGAAUGGGAGGUGAUACCGGAGCCGAUCGGCAAGUGGUGCAACGUGCAGACCACAGAUAAUGAGUACGAGGAGCUCAGCACGUCUCAGAAGAGCGGGGGAAACUUGCUCCAGAUGUUGUACGACAAACCCAGCCGGUGGUCCUACACGUUCCAGAGCUACGCGUGCCUGAGUCGCGUUCGCUCCCAGCUGCAGCCUCCCUCGGUAAAGCUGCAGCUGGCUGAGAGACCAGUCCAGUUCUUCGAGCGCUCUGUGUACAGCGACCGGUACGUGUUUGCCUCCAAUCUGUUUGAGUCGGGAGACCUGAACGAGACAGAAUGGGCCAUAUACCAGGACUGGCACGGCUGGCUCCUCUCCCAGUUCGAGUCGCAGAUAGAGCUGGAUGCCAUGAUCUACCUGAGGGCAGACCCACAGAGGUGCAUGCAGCGGCUCCAUCAGCGCGGGAGAGAGGAGGAGCAGGGCAUCCCGCUCGACUACCUGGAGAAGCUGCACUACAAGCACGAGUGCUGGCUGCACCACCGCACCACACAUGUGGACUUUGAGUACUUGAAAGACCUCCCCAUACUGGUCCUGGAUGUGAAUGAAGAUUUCAAGAAUGACAAAAUCAAACAGGAGGCUGUGGUGGAUGAGGUGAAGGAGUUCCUCAGCACGCUGUGACCCCUGGUGCUCUCCUGUCCUACACAGAACGUUCGGAUGGGGUGACGCUGCACCUGCU